AUCCAAAUAUCACAUGAAUAAAUCACAAACUUUGAACAAACACUUACCGAUGCAGUGUGCUUCGCUUUCGCCUUCACGAUAUGGUUUGCAGCCAUCUUCGACAUAAAAUUUAACAUGUACAAUACCAGUAAAUAAAUACAAAAUAACUCCAGCCUUUAGCUUAAAUAAAGAACUCUUUCCUGGAGAUAAAAUUUGAGGUUUUAUUCAAAGUUUUCAACCAAAAAAUAGAACAAAAUCUUUGUAUUCAAAUUUCAAAUCACGGCGAGUCCUGGGUCGAGCGCGCGUGAUUUCAAGAUGGCGGAGAAACCGCAAGGAAAAAAUCGGAAAAGAAAGCAUUUUGAAAUGGAGAAAUCACGGCAAUCUCCUUUCCAAAAUCCUAAAAGUACUAGACAACCUGCUGGGGUCGUGUCCAAAGCACCUCGCGGUAUUAAUGCAGCAGAAUUUGCCGAGUCGAGAGCUUUGGAAAUUCACAAUAUGAUGCAGGCUCUAUCGUCUGCGUCGAAGCAGAGCAAUAAGCGAGUGUUUCAGUCGUUACCAAGACAUAUGAGACGGCGAGCUGCGAGUCACAACUCGAAACGAAUGCCUGCUAGACUUAGGGAUGCAUAUAAUAGGGAGGUUGGUAUAAAAAUACACCCAUUAUGCAAUGUUUACAUUUUCCUCAGUAGCACGCAAACUCCGAUAAAUACACUGACAAUAAAUCUCAGUAGACUACAUAUGUUCCCCAUUGAGUCCUGCAUUACAUAUCACAAUACAAAGCACUUACCUGUUUUGCCUCCAAAACGUAAAUAAGCACGGCAAGAGGUAGAUAGGCUAGACAGCCAGCCAUUGUAUAGCAAUAUAUAAAUGACUAUAAAGUUAAAAGUGAAUUUAAAAAAAUAAAUCGACUCAUUUCCUAACCAAAUGCGCCACCGAACGCAACACCUUUACCAAAUGUGCCACCAGCAAGCGUACUAAAUGCAACCAGAAAUAUAAUCUGGAACAAUCUUUGAUUGAUAGGGGUGCAACUCCCUGAAAAAUACAAGGAGAACUUGAAUGUUUUGAGCGAAGGCCCUGAAUGGCUGGACUAUGAUCGAUCAUAACCCUGGUUGUAUUAACCAUAAUCUGGGCUGGAUCCCUCGCCACUAGUUGAGACAUGGGGAAGUCAUUGACCAAUAUACACUCGGGGUCAUUGCAAGAGAUUUGCUUUAAAUAUUCAAGAAAAUGCACAAAUAAUUGCACAAUUUAAUACCUUGAAGGCUUUAAAGUCCCAAGUGAAACAGAAAGAACCUUCAAAGCAAAAGAAAUCUCGUCGGCACCGUCGGAAACCCAGCAACCUGCUUGCUGAAUACAGUCGACGGCAAAGAAAACAUGCUUGGUUGGAAACACACAUUUGGCAUGCAAAGAGAUUUAAGAUGGUCGAACAAUGGGGUUACAAGAUACCACUGCAUCCAAAUGAUAAAAGUGUAAAAGCUUCUUAUAGAGCCAUGGCCAAUGGUUGCCUUUUACAGGUAAUAUGUUGUCGGUUUUUGAUGAACUAUGUAUGUUAAGCAGCACUGCACGUUACUAUGCUGUACCUUGUGAUUAUAUUUUUCAGGAUAUUUCAUAUUAUCAGUGCAUUGAAGUUCAUGGUAGACAAGAAAUGAUAGCAGCAGCAAUGAAGCAUUUGACAAGUUCUGAUAUUGGUAAACUAAGUAAUAAACAUAGAUGAUACUAAUCCAGACCCUCUUCUCUAGUUGUGCGGCCAGAAGAGGAUCUAGGCAUGGACUAACAUGAUACACAAGUGUACAUAGGUGUACCUACAGCAAACAAUACUGUUAAAAAGCAUCUUCAAAUGUUUUUUAUUUGCUUACCAUAUUUCUUGUACAGGUCUCACAAUGGCUGCCAAGGACUAUUUAGAUGGUCGACACGAAGGUCAUGCAAUGCUGUUUAAAUAUGAUCAAUACCCAUACCAUGCGAUUGGAACUGUUAUGUUUCUAUGGCAACAGCAGGUAAAUCUAACUGACUGCCUGGCGGACUAACUAACUGUUUGACCACUCGCUGACUGGCUGAGUACCAACUGACUGGCCAACAUUUCUCUCUUGUUUUAUUUUGAAAGGUGGACAAUACUUCGACAACCCCAAUGACAAAACUCUGGCUGUGGUCACAUCCUGUGUGUUCUGACGAAGUCACAAAGGAAAUUGUACAUGCUUGCUCUCUUGACGGACCAACUGAAUAUGUAGAUUCAAAACCAUCACUGUCAAAACAGAAUGGUGAAGUCUCAGAAAAUAUGGUAUGGAUAUAUCAGUUUUGUGUACACACCAGGCAAGCUGAAAAGUUUGCUUGACUGCAUGUUUCAAUACCAAGUCAGCCACCUACUGACCUACCUACCAACAAUUAAUUUUUAGGUUACCUCAAAGGGCAGUUCAUCUGGAAAUGCAUCUGAAUUUACAGUCACAGUCUUGUAUGAGCAACUAGUCAGGCUACGGCUUACUGGACCCAAGUCCCAUGCACUGCUUGCUGCCACGUUAGAGCUGUGUGAAUGGAGUACAGAGAGGAAUCAUCCAGGAUCUCAAUGGUGGGAGGUGUACAGUCAGGGUGAAAACAGGAUAAUGAUGCUGGAAGAGCAGAAUAACUCCUGGGAGCAGAUGAAGGGGGUGACUUCUCCAGGGGUGUUGAAGGCAGGGUCUGUGUUAGCGUUGGUGGUGAAAGAUCCUAGGUUGGGGUUACCGGUUAGGAAGUCCAGUGUUGAUAUGGCCUGUGAAGAUCUUUAUCAAGGUCGGAACUUGUUUAUAAAAUACAAAAUGGUUCAUAAAUUUUAGAUAGAAAAUCAUUCGACAAGGGAUCAUUAUCUUUGUAUCUCCUCAUGGGAGGUCAGACCACUGAUCUAGAAAUACUUAUCAUUACGGGUCAGACCUCUUUGUCCUAACUCUUGAUCUCUCUUCAUCCACAAAUAAGGCUACAUUUACAUUGUACCGUGUAGCUUUCCCUAACGACGUGAAAAACACCUAUCUGUACCUUUUAGGAACGCUAUUUUCAGAGGAAUUAUUGCAACGGAGAGAUGUUGUUUCGCUCAGCUUCUGAAAGUUGUACAUUCCGUAUCGGAUAGGUGCUUUUUGGCGCCGCUACGGAAAGUUAUCCGAUAUGAACGUAGCCUGGAUCAUCCUUGAUGUUAUUUCUUUUUAAAUCUACCUUUAUACAAUUUAUCCAUCAUUUCCUCGGUCCUUUCUUUACAUUGCCUAUACAGUGAUAUACGACUCUCGUCUUCACCCAAACUUCCUGACAAGUAGUUCAAACACAAACCAUGGCGGGUUACCAAACCGAUAAACUUUACUCCCUUUUACAGAUGUAAGUACUGAGGAGUUAACAUUGAGCAGUAUUUCUGAAGGUUCAGCCGUUUCCCCUCUCUGGGACAGCGCAGUUCGACACGCAGUAAAACAAACCAAGAUGCCAGAAAAAGAUUUGAAUAAUCUGCGUUCCAAACAAACGCUACCUGGAUCAAAACUUGAUCUAGGUGACGAAACGUCGAGAAUACCAAUGCUGGUGAUUCAGCAGCCUGGCAGUACAGGUAUUGUAUUCGUCGUUUAACGGUUGUUGUUGUUGUUGUUGUAUGGAUAGCUUUAUCUGUUCUAAACUAUUCAGUGGUCGUGUGAGGGACAUCCUUUUAGAUGUGCAGGGCAGACCAACUGAAUAUUUUUGUGCUAAAUCCACAUGUGCAUAAACAUAUAGUGUUCUAGCUAUGGUUUUAAGUUCAAGGAAUAAUGUGUGUCAAUCAUAUGUUGUUGCGCCCAUAGUGGGACAUGAGUGUUACUAUUUCCUUCAAAUUUUCAAUAGCAAAUCUUCAUUCAAACGAAUUUCCUGCAGCUGUUUAACAUUUCCUGCGAGGACUAUUUUUUCCACCCCUGUAGAUGUGUCUAGUACAGGAGGAAAACAGAUUACCUAGAGACAAUCUGUGGUAUUUGGUAGAGUCAAACUGGAUGCAUUUCUCUAACAUGUGAUGGAGGUGAAAUUAUAAUCAAACAACUGUAUAUUGCAGAAAUUGAACCCCGGGUCUAAGGUGAAACACAGAUGUACUAACCAAUCACUGUACCAUCAACAUCUUGACUAGUUUUUAAAAUGUUGCUUCUUAGGUAAUUACCAAAUGGGUUCGAUCAACUUUGGCAGUGGUUAUGACGUCAUUUUGCCCGCCGGUUGGAGCAUGGCAUUCUGGAUAGCGUUCGUGUAUCGUGGCGCACGCGUGGGUGGCGCACGCGAGUUGGCAACGUGUUCACGUGAACAAGGCGUGCCGCACUUCCCAUGUGAUUUCCCAGACACUCGGGCCGGCCGUGAGUACAAUGAAGAGCAGAAAAGGAGUGGGGAGGAGAAAUACGAGCGAUAUCCUCCUGCCAAACGACCGAACUAUGUGAAGUUUGGCAUGGCCAGUCCUUUUGCGCAAGACUGGAACACACUUGUUCAUGAAUGGAGUGAGCAAGUCGAGAAGUUGGAAGAUGAUAUGAGACAAAUGAUUGGCAGUGAGAAGGCGGUUAAAGACAGUCAGUCAGGACACAUGAAGUGUUUAGAGCCGGAUCACAACGAAGGAAAAGUAGUCGUUAAUGCUGAACGGCAAUCAGUUAAAGACAGUCAGUCAGGACACAUAAAGUGUUUAGAGCCGGGUCACAAUGAAGGAAAAGUAGUCGUUAAUGCUGAAAGACAAUCAGUUAAGGACAGUCAAUUGGGCCAGAUACAGUGUUUGGAAGAGGACAUCGAGGAAGGUGCUGUAUACAACAGUAGUUUGAAGAAUAAUGGAGUUCAUAGUGCUGAUGAUCCCAAAGCAUUAUCCAAUGAUGUUGAAGCAUGCAAUAAAGAUGAGAAUGAAAUCUGCGAGGAUGUUGGUAGCAGUAUUCUUAAUGAAACGAAAGAAGAUAUUGCUGAUGAUUCUGAGAGGACAGAAUUAGCUACUCCUAACCUUCAGUUUAAUGUUAUGCGGACAUUGUCCAUUCGUCGACGACUUCAGGAUAUUACACUUAGUCUUAAACAAACUACAAAGAGAAGACCACAAAAGAACAAGAUUCCUGAUGAGGAGAUUAUUGAAUAUCUUACAAAAACGCUCCCUAAGUGCCCUUGUUCCCUGGUUUUUCUUAACUUGCGUCCGUUGUUGAAAGGUUGCCCACAGGAUAACGCAGUAAUAUACAUUCCAACACCUCAAGAUCUGGUGGAGUUACAAAAAGACAAAUUCUACGGUGGACCUGUGGAAGACGUGCACAAAUGUAACAUUCCCUCGUCUCUGAUUGGUCAAUGUUCAAGAAAGGCUAUUGGUUGGGUCACUUCGGGCCAGUACUCGUUCGCGCGCGGUCAAGGUUCGGCAAUCGGGUUUUGUACCUUUCCUGGUUUCUGUGAAGUGAUCAUCAGGACUGUACAAGAGAAGUGUAGUCCAGUGGUUUUAGUGAGAAAUACGAGUACUUUUCAAUAUCGCUUUGCUAACAUUGUUGUUGUGUAAAAACGUUGUUGUGAAUGUUGAUAUUUAUUUGGACAUAAAUUAUUUUUGAAAUAUCUUGU